UUUUGUCCAAUUAAUAGUGAUAAUGAUAAUAUUCUACUAAAACCAUGCCCGUCGAGUUAAAUAGCCUCACAGAAGGAUGGCUUGAACUUGAGAGCGAUCCAGGUCUUUUCACAUUGCUGUUAGAAGACUUCGGCGUUAAAGGUGUACAGGUUGAAGAAAUUUACGAUUUACACAAACCUUUAGAAAGCCCGGUUUAUGGAUUUAUCUUUCUAUUCCGAUGGAUAGAGGAAAGGAGGUCGCGGCGGAAAUUCGUAGAUGAGAUUCAAAAUUUCGUUCGAGAUGAAGAGACCAUAAAUAACAUAUUUUUCGCGCAACAAAUGGUCCCGAAUAGUUGCGCUACUCAUGCAUUGCUGUCAAUACUGUUAAACUGUCCCAAUCUUCAUUUGGGUGAUACUUUAAGCAGGUUAAAGCACCAUACAGUGGGUAUGAAUCCAGAGAACAAAGGAUGGGCCAUAGGAAACACACCUGAGCUUGCUUGUGCUCAUAAUUCACAUGCUAUACCUCAAGCACGCAAGAAAACUGAUAAAAAUGCUGGAGUCUCCACGGGACGGUUCACAGGAGAAGCAUACCACUUUGUAAGUUUAGUCCCCAUCAAUGGACAUCUGUUUGAGCUGGAUGGUCUGAAGCCAUACCCUACAGACCAUGGACCCUGGGCUGAAAGCGAGGACUGGACUGAUAAAUUCCGCAGAGUUAUGGCCGAGAGGUUGGGAAGAGAUGCUGGUGAACAAGUUCAUGAUAUUAGAUUCAAUUUAAUGGCAGUUGUACCUGAUAGAAGAAUAGCAUUAACACAGAAACUUAAUGCUCUUGAACUCAACCAAAAGAGACUGAAGGAAGCCAUCUCCAAAAUUGGUAAACAUCUGAGGCACAUGCUGGCAAAAGCUAGAGAACAAGCGGAACUAGGAACAGCAGCAUCGGAAUCGAGCGAUAAUUCACUAAGUGAUAACAUAGUGCAGAUAAGUGAAGAGACGAUACUCACUGCUCUUGAAUCGACGCAAGUACACAUGUAUGAUGUAGAAUAUACAGAGCCGAUUACUAUCGAGAUUGGUGCUGCCGAUAGACCUCACCAGGAUAACAGUCUUAUACUUGUUGAUCCUAUCGAACAAGGAACGUCAGUAAAAUUCAUCACAAUAAACAGGGACAACCAAAUUAUAGGCGAGCUAUACCCAACGUCAACAACAGCGCUAGUAAAGAGCAACGAUCUGCCAGUACUAGCAUGCAGUGAAAACGAGCCAGAGCAGCCUUUCAAACUGCGAAAGCUGCUAUUCACUCACACAGAGCUAAAUGCUUUGAUGAGCAGCAUCGUCAGCGAAGUGCAAUCGUGCCAGCAGGCUUUGAAUGACGAGAAUGACAAAAGAGAUAUGUAUAAGGUGGACGAUUGUCGACGUACGCAUAACUACGACGAGUUUAUCUGCACGUUUCUGUCGAUGCUCGCGGAACGAGGUGCGCUGGCCGAGCUGGUGGCCGCGCAGCUCGAGCGUGGCAGAAGCCCACGCGUCAGACGCCGUAGACCGAGACCCCGGCCCCGCGCUAGACCCCGCCCCAGACCACGGGCCAGGAAAUGAGAAUCGAUAAGCGCGCACACCUCGACUUUGUUGUGACAGGUGCCUGAGUGCGCGCAGUGGUCUAAGGACUAGUAGAAAAAAGUAACUGAAAUAACGCAAGCACAACUGGCUCGAUUAUACGAUUGUGACUGCCGGUAAAAAAUAGCUUGUUCUCGUGCUGUUAAAAACCAAAAGAAAUAAUAUAGAUAUAAAGCUUGCAACGAGUAUCGUCGUUCACGGCUCUGAAUAUGUUUGAUAACUUAGUGAUUUCGAUUAUGUGACUCCGUCUAGCUAUAGGAAUAUGGAAGUUCGCCAUUUUAUACAGAGCUGUAUCACGCUCGCAAUUUCAAAGUGGCGUUUGUCGUAUUUUAAAAUGACUUAUUUUAUACUACAUACUAUUUAUUUUCUCUUCUCUUUCAAGCAAUUAUUUAUUAAACUAUUUGGUUGUUUGAAGAUUGUUCGCUUUAGGGAUGAACCCCACUUACCAGUUAACAUCAGUGCAUUUAUAGGGCAUGAAGCGUGCUGACGAUGUCCCAUAGUAAAAUACACUUUUAGUACAGUACUUAUACCUGCUGACAAUGUCUCAUAUUAAAAUACACUUUUAGUACAGUACUUAUGCCUGCUGUCAUGUGGGGUUCUACCCUUACAACGUUUAGCACUCAUGUGUUUUAAAUAUUGUGCGUGAUCUGUCUACUAGUUAUUUAUUGUGCAUAUUUUAUGAACCCCCUUCUGAUUUACUGUCUAACUAAUAUUAUUGUUAAUUGAAGUAAUUAUUUUCAUAUACACAUAAAAAGGUAGAUUGGUAAUUUUCAGAUUACUUUUCUCUACCUGACUUCGGUGGCAAUUUUUAUUAUUUAAGUAUAAUUAUAAUAGUGAAAACAUAUUAAAUAAAAUAUGUGAGUGAAGAAAUAGAUUUCUCACAGAUGUCGUUAAAACCCAACCCUAAUAUCUGCCACAAGCACAUAGAAAAAUUCAUAAGAUCCGCUGGUUCGUUC